AAAUAUUUGAUUUGUAUUAACAUGUGUUUGAAGUAAACAUUUGAUACAAAUAAACGGCGAUUAAAAACAAAAUGUUAUUCAAAGCUAUCUCUUCGCCAAUCAAUCGUCUCAUCAAAACUAAUGUGUUGAAUACAUGCCUAAGACAAGUCCAGACCUCAGUGGCGACCCGACAACAACAGCAGCCAUCGCUGGACUCGUUUGGCACCGAAUCGGCCGAUGAUAAGACUGUUGUCAUGGAUGAGACCAUCAAAAAGGCGUACGAAGAGUCGUUAAGUCACGCCGACUACUUUGAUAUCAACCGUUUGUUUACAGUCAGACAACUGUUUGAAUCGCGCGUCCAUUUGGGCCACAAAUUGGGAACUCUUAACCCACAUAUGACUCCCUAUCUGUUUGGUAAACGGUUGGGAUCUCUUGUUAUCGAUUUGGAUCAAACCGCUCAACGGCUGCGGGAAGCGCUCAACUUUACCGCUCAUAUAGCCUUUAGGGACGGAAUCAUACUAUUCAUCAAUAGGUCGCUAAAUACAACACAUUUGGUGGAGAAGACGGCCAAAGAGUGCAACCAAUUCAGCCACUGUCGAGAGUGGAACAGCCGAACAUUUUACGACUCGACCAUAUACUUCGGUGCCGUCACCCGAUUACCCGAUUUAGUUAUAUUUUUGAAUGCUAUGAAUAAUGUGUUUGAAAUGCAUCCGGCGGUCGUCGAUUCGGCCAAACUUUUAAUACCAACCGUUGGCAUUGUCGACACCAAUAGCGAUCCCACACUCAUCACAUACCCGAUUCCCGGCAAUGACGAUACCUAUCAAUCCAUACAACUGUUUUGUCGACUAUUCAAACAGUCUAUCAUUUUAGGGCAACGAAAGCGAAAACAAUUGUUGGAUUCAUUAGAUAACCGAUAAGCUAUUUAUCGGAUAAUUAUAUCAAAUAAAAAAUCACAUCAAAACUUAUGUAAUAAUAUUUACUUU